GUGGGGCCCACAGAACACCGACCAGCAGCCAUUGGCUGGUGGCAGGGGGAGUAGCCAAUCCGUUUCCUUUGUGUAUGCCACAAUUCAAAGGUUACGAUUGUCUGGUCUUUUCAAGGAGAUUUUCUGGGCACAUGCCGUUAACGGUUCGUCUGAAAUCAUUUCAUCUACGGAAGCAGAUUCUCAUCUUACAAAAUUACCAAAAGAAGAAUCAAUAACAAGCCUUCGCAGCGCUGGGGUUGGGUAAACAGGUGCCCAAACCAGGCCAGCUCACUUAUCAAGCAGGCCAUGCGUAUACAUUGAAUGUGGACCGUUGGCAGCCAGAUCUCUCACACGUAUUGUCCUUGCACAACAUCCACUGCAUAGCAUUCUUGAUAAAUGACACCAUAUCAAUCAUACGCAUAUCACACUGUCAUGCCUUGUGCGCUUCUGUUUGUCAUCAUGCGUUGCUGGAACGUCCACACACUUUGCCAGGUCAUUGCUUGUGUUAGAACUUGCCUCCAAAGAACAAAUUCUAAAAAGAACCAGAGUUCCAGAUUCAAUAUGAGACGAUAGAACAUUUCUUCAUUCAUUCUAUCUAGUAUAUGUGUGUGUGCAUGUGUGGAAAAAAGAAAAAAAAAAAAAAACUCUUAAGGGGAUGGGUUGAUUUAUUGAUGAAUUGUGAGAUGCUUGAUUCUCAAGAAAGCUCUGCAAAUAUUAUGCAGUUGACCCUGAAGUGAGAAGGUUGUGGUUCGUCUCAAGAAGAAGAAGAGUUGGAUGCUGAGGUUUGGCGUGUUAUGAGGAUUUCAUCUUUAGCUUCAUUCAUUCAUUCAAUGCCAAUGGGAAGGAUGUGGAACAGACAGUUACAGCUACUUCUGCUCAAAUACCCAACACCGAUAGCAAGAAUGACAACAAUGGCAGCUCUACGUAUUCUACCUCCCUUUCGCCAUUUCUCAUCAACCCCCAUCGAAGCCGGAGUUGACGACUCCAAAACGUCUCUUCCAAAAGCAACAGCAGAUGUUGGUUCUGUGGUAGAAAUGUUGCAGCUCCGUAACAAGGAAGAUGGUGAGUGGAACAGCGAGGAAUUGCAGUCUCUCCUCUCUUCGGCUCCUUUCACCCCUUCUCAUCUUCUCCAAGUUAUCCGUGGCUUGGGCGACAGCAAAAUCGGCCUCCGCUUCUUCGAGUGGACCCGUAAUCAGUCCUUGUUGUUGUCAUCAGAGCAAGGAGAAGCCAUCCAUGGUCCCUCUGCCUAUCGGGCCUUGUUUGAGCUUGCUAGCAGAGAGCAGCCAAACCCCCACCUUAGAAUGCUAGAGCUUCUGCAAAAAUCAAGGGAACAAGGCUUCUCCCUCACCACGGACUCUGCUUCCCUUCUCAUUCAUUGCUUUGGGAGGGCUGGGUUGGCCUCUGAAUGUGUCCAAGUCUUCGAGGAGAUCAAACCACCCCUUCGUAAGACCCGCCUCUAUAACAACCUCCUUGACGUCCUUUUCAAAUUGGAAUGCACAGACAAAGCACUCACCCUUGCUUCUGGCAUGCUCCGCCCUGAUUCAAAAUGCCAGCCCAAUCAUGUCACUGGCUCCAUCAUCUUCUCCACUCUCUUAAAGAGAAUCCCCCGCAAGGUUGCCGAAGAAGUUGUCGUCAACCUGGUUCUUGAGAUGGGGAAGCACAAGGUUUUUCCAGAUGCUUUCCAAUUCACGCAAUGGGUCACCCGGCUCUGCAGGAGUGGCAAUUCAAGCAAGGCCUGGGAUGUUCUACAUGCCAUAGAGAAAAUGGGUGGGCCCGUUGAGACCCCCUCCUUCAAUGCUCUCCUUACUGGCCUCGGCAGAGACAAGGAUUUCAAGAGGAUGAAUCUGCUGCUUGCUGAGAUGAAGGACAUGUGCGUCCAACCCAAUGUUGUGACUUUCAGCAUCCUUAUUAAUCAUCUCUGCAAGUCCCGACAGGUUGAUGAGGCAUUGCAGGUGUUGGACAAAAUGACCAGGGGAGGGGAACCACAGACAAAUUCUGCAACUGCUCUGCCUGAUAUCAUCACAUUCAACACUAUUAUUGACGGACUCUGCAAGGUCGGAAGACAAGAAGAAGGCCUGGCUUUGGUGGAUAGGAUGAGAACGGAGUAUGGAUGUUCUCCCAAUACCGUUACUUACAACUGCUUGAUCGACGGGUUCUGCAAAGCAGGUGCGAUUGAGAAAUCACAAGAGCUGUUCAGUCAGAUGAUGGAAGAUGGGGUCCCCCUGAAUGUGGUCACAUUGAACACGAUCGUGAAUGGAAUGUGCAAGCAUGGGAGGAUCAGCACUGCUCUCGAGUUCUUCAGUGACAUGUGCAGUAAGGGCCUGAAAGGCAAUGCUGUUACAUACAGCACCCUAAUUGACGCUUUUCUUCAUGCGAACAAUGUCAACAAAGCGGUGGAGUUGUUUGAGGAAAUGGUGAGAGGUGGUUUGUCUCCAGAUUCCAUCACAUACUUCAUUUUGAUCUCUGGCCUGAGCCAGGCUGGGCGACCGGAAGAGGCAUGCUCCAUUGCAUCAUCGAUGCAAGAAGCCGGAUUCCACCUUGAUGUGAUCAGCUACAACAAUCUGAUCAGUGGGUUGUGCAGGAAGAAUAAACUCGAUAAGGCUCAUGAGAUGCUCGAGGAAAUGGAGCGGGCAGGCAUCAAGCCGGAUGUGGCCACAUUCAACACACUCAUUGCUGCCUUAAGCAAGGGUGGUCAUUUUUUGACUGCUCAUCAAGUCAUGGGCAAGAUGGUCGAAGAUGGCUGCAAGCCUUCUGUGGUCACAUACGGUGCUUUGAUCCAUGGAUACUGCAAGGCAAGCAAUCUCAAUGAAGCCUUGAAGAUUUUCAGGGCCAUGGGUGCAGCUGGGGUCCAACCAAACGCUGUGAUAUAUACCAUGCUGAUCGAUUUUCUUUGUAAGGCGGGUGAGCUUGAUGCAGCCCUUUUGCUGAUGGAUGAGAUGAGAGUGGGAGGGGUACCUCCAAGUGCGGCCACAUACAAUGCCAUGUUCAAAGGCCUACGGGACCAGAAUCUGUUGGAAAAGGCAUUUGAGCUGAUGGAUCAGAUGACGGAACAGUGCUGCAAUCCUGAUUAUAUAACUAUGGAGAUCCUUACGGAGUGGCUUUCUGCAGUCGGUGAGAUGUCGAGGUUGAGACAAUUUGUGCAUGGGAGUGUGGUUUCGGUCUGAGUAUGCUGUUAGUGAAGAUUUCGAAUGUCUAAGGCAUCCUUCAUGGAUAAUUCCUGCGGUAUGAGUUUGUUCCUUCCCUCGACUUGGAAUGAUGCAGGAUGUGCUUGGAUUCAGAUGACUGUAGCCUGCACGCAAUUGUAUGGUUGUCAACAACCUGGACCUUCCAUCUGGUGGGGCCCACUGGGUGGACCAGAUAAAUCACUCUUAAGCACAGUUGUCACUGUCCAAUCUGAGUGUUGGUUCAAACUAUCCACAUUCACAAGGAAAAGCCAAGUGUGAUUUUUCUUCUUUAGGACUUUAACAGGAUGGCCCAUUAGAUGGACAGUUGAUUCAACAACUGCAUAUCUAGGUGUGAACAGUUCAUUAACAAUGGCUCCAGAUGCAAUUUUGGGUUUUUGCUUGCUGUCCCAUUAGAGCCCUUAAAGCGCUAUUAGCGGGUUUUUGUUACAAAUAGAAACUGGAAUUGCAAUUUGGAAAGUGAGCAAGAUUCUCAUUUUGUCAA